GUAUCAGCUGAAGCCAUAUCAGCUGAUUGGGCUGAAGUGGUUGCUUCUGUUGCAUCAACACAAACUGAGUGGGAUAUUGGCUGAUGAGAUGGGUCUUGGGAAGACCAUCCAAGCUAUAGCGUUUCUCUCUCAGCUCUACCAAGAUGGUAUAGAAGGUCCUCACCUCAUUACAGUACCUGCCUCAACACUAGAUAAUUGGGUGAGAGAGCUGAAGCUGUGGUCUCCGAAACUUAAAGUUCUAGUGUAUUAUGGAUCUGUGGAGGACCGCAGGUACAUGAAACACAACAUCCUCAAUGGAGAUGAAGAAUUUCAGGUCAUCGUGUCCACGUAUAACUUGGCAAUAGGAAACGACAGCGACCGCAGCCUUUUCCGGAAGUUGCGUUUGAAGUAUGCCAUCUUUGAUGAGGGUCACAUGCUGAAGAACAUGAACUCACUGCGUUACCGCCACCUCAUGGCCAUCAACGCUGAGCAUCGCUUGCUGCUGACCGGAACGCCGCUCCAGAAUAACCUAUUGGAGCUGAUGUCUCUGUUGAACUUCAUCAUGCCCUCCAUGUUCUCCAACUCCAACGCCCAGCUCUCCAAGAUGUUCUCCAUGAAAUCCCACGAGGAGCAGAGUCGUUUUGAGAAGGACCGCAUCGCUCAAGCUAAACUAAUAAUGAAACCAUUCAUCCUCCGAAGGGUGAAAAGUGAGGUCCUGCAGCAGCUGCCUGCCAAGGAAGAAAAGAUUGAGUUCUGUCCAAUGAGCGAGAAACAGAGAACGUUGUACCAGUCCCUCUUCAAGAAACUCCAAAAGUCUGCGACUGGAGAGAAGAGAGAGCUGUGUAACGUCAUGAUGCAGCUGAGGAAGAUGGCCAACCACCCUCUGCUCCACAGACAAUACUACACCACAGAGAAACUCAAAACCAUGAGCAAGCUGAUGCUUAAGGAGCCGACCCACUUCGAUGCCGAUGCAGCGCUGAUCCAGGAGGAUAUGGAGGUGAUGUCAGACUUUGAGCUUCACCGGCUCUGCCAGCAGUACUCCUCCAUCGGGUGCUACCAGCUAGACAGCCACCUGCUACUGGACUCUGGGAAGUUCAACCUCCUCACGGACCUUCUGGCCUCGCUCAAAGACGCGGGAGACAGGGUGGUGUUAUUCAGCCAGUUCACCAUGAUGCUGGACAUCGUGGAGAUUCUGUUGAGACACCUGAAGCAUCGCUACGUCAGGCUGGAUGGAUCCACGCCCAUCGCUGACAGGAUAGUGUUGAUAGACGAGUACAACAACGACCAGGACAUCUUUGUGUUCCUGCUGUCGACGCGCGCCGGCGGCCUGGGCAUCAACCUGACGUCGGCCAACGCCGUCAUCCUCCACGACAUCGACUGUAACCCGUACAACGACAAGCAGGCGGAGGACCGCUGCCACAGACUGGGCCAAACCAGGACGGUGAAGGUCAUAAAGCUGAUCAGUAAGGACAGUAUUGAAGAUAACAUGCUGAGACUGGGUCAGAAAAAACUGAAGCUGGAGCAGGACAUGACGGCAGCUGACGCAAGUGGUGAGGGGAUCAUUCCUGAGGACAUGGCCUCUUUAUUGAAGGCCUCGCUGGGACUGUGAAACCUAUUUGCAUACUAACACACUUGACACGGUGUGCACUAAACUCCACACUGGCUGGUAAGGACACUCCAAAACGGGCCCAACUCUUAUUGUUCGGACAGUAUUCUCAAAGAAUCGUCAUCCUGGGACAGGGUUUGGACCGCUGAUCCAUACUUGAUCCAGACAGUCAUACUGAACAAAUAUUUUAUUAUUUUUAGUGUGACCUUUUUACAAAUACUUGAAACCAGUACAUAGUCGGGAUUGGUCAGGUUGUAAGUGUGGCUUUUCAACUGGACUCGUAUGAAAAACUUGAAUGCUCUUCCUUAAAUACAAAGCUUUUAGAUCUUGGGAUCCAUCCUGAGUUGUGAUCCAACCAUGGACAUGAUGCCAUAAAGCUCCUCUGAUAUAUUUUUUUUUUAAUGGAGAACACGUUUACAUGCUCCUGCACAGUAGCUACGUUUCCAUACCCGGAGUACUUUAAAAUAACCCAUAGUAUUUCCAUGAGCCCCCCCCCCCCCCACCGCUUAGAUUCUAGGGGUUGAGAUGCCAACACACUGUUGGCAUAUAUUGGACUAUACUGAACAUAUUUUAUGGUUUUGAUAUGAACCUCCUAUCUCAGUCUAAAGUAUAAAAAGCGGCUCAAUAAAUUGUACAUGGGGGGGAUGAGAAUAAGGCUUAGUGGGAUACUUUGGCAGGUAUUUAUCCAGUUGGAUACUGAUGAUUGAUGACAUGAAUCGUCUGACCUGUAUAAAAACAUGAUUAUGUCUUUUAUUGAUAAUUUGGAACAGUGUAACCACAACCACAAUGACGCAACUGAAAGAAUGAAAAUGUAGACUAAGGGCCAAUAAAGAAUUAAAAUGAUCGUAAGCUUUGUUCAGCAUUCGGGCGAUGGAGUGUUUGGAGGAAACUGUAUUAAGUUCUGCUGUCAUCUGACUUAAGUUUUGCUGUCAGAUGACCUAAAAUGAGUAGGCUGUAUCCCAGCGGAGCAGCUGUCUAAGGAGGGGUUGUUUCAUGUACUGUAGGACUAGCUACUGUGCCGUAUCUGUUCAACUGUGUUGCAACUUUUAUCACGUCAUUUGUAUCUUUUUGUAUGUUCUUGUUCAAUUUUAAUAAUAAAAAAAACAUGGAAUAUCAGAA